CCACCUAGUUAGCCGGGCUCUGAUCCUCUCCCGGGACCCGCGGCGUCCCAGAGGACCAGCGAUCGAGCCUGCCCCGCGUGGCCUUGGGUCAGGGGCCAUGGACACCUUCAUCCGCUUCUCUAACCAGACCCAGGGCCGGGACCGAGUCUUCAGAGCCACUCAAUAUGCAUGCAUGUUGCUUAGAUAUUUGUUAGAGCACAAAGCUGACAAAGACGUGUUAAUGAAGCUCAAGAAACUGGAGUCCAGUGUGAGCACUGGCCGUAAAUGGUUCCGGUUAGGCAAUGUGGUCCAUGCUGUCCAGGCGACCGAGCAAAGCACCCAUGCCACUGACCUGGUGCCCCGGUUAUGUCUGACGUUAGCUAACCUGAACCGUGUGGUUUAUUUCAUCUGCGACACCGUCCUCUGGGUGAAGAAUGUUGGUCUCGCCUCUGGCAUCAACAAAGAGAAGUGGCAGAUGUGGGCUGCCCGCCACUACUACUACUUCCUCCUGCUGAGCCUGCUCAGGGACCUGUAUGAAAUUUCCCUACAGAUGGUCCGGGUGACGCAGGAAAGGGCAAAGGGAGCGAAAUCAACAUCUGAGGAUCCUCUCGGGCACAGUGUGCUUGAUGAGGAGACAGAAUGGCUCCAGUCCUUUCUUCUUCUCUUAUUCCGAUCCCUGAAGCGACAUCCUCCUUUGUUCCUGGAUACAGUGAAGAACUUCUGUGACAUCCUGAUCCCUUUGGACCAGCUGGGGAUCUACAAGUCCAAUGCUGGCAUCAUUGGGCUUGGAGGUCUCGUUUCCUCGGUUGCAGGCAUCAUCACUGUCGCAUAUCCUCACAUGAAGCUCAAGAUCCACUAGGACGGCUGCAGGCUGAGCUCCAGGGCCUGUUGUGAAGAUGAUGUCUCAGUGGAAUGGGCAUUGGCAUUAGUCACAAACCAUGUCAUACUAUGAUAAAGUUUUUGCACACAUGAACGUUUAGCAGCCUAUAAUGUGAGCAGAGGUGAAGCCAAGAACAGAGCACAAAGUGUUUAGCAAGUGCUACUUCUGAAUGUCUUCCCUUCCUGUAACAUUUCCUGAGCAUCUCUCACAUAGUAGGAGCUUAGUGUCUAAGGAAUGAAUAAAAUCAAAAAAGACCUAAUCAAGCUAAUAAGUGGACACUAAUGUGUAGUAUGGGUUGGGUGAUAUAGAUCACUGGUUUCUUGUGCACCUGGCACUGGGAUCCAACCAGUAGUGACCCCUUUCCUUCCCAUUAUUAUCCCUCCCUCUUCCCUCAUAGAUGUUGGAGGAGGGUGGGGGUGAGCUGGGUUGGAGCCCUUCGCACUGGCCCCAACCAUCCCUGCACGUUGUCAUUGCUGUGUCCAGAAGUACAAUCUGAACCUAGUCAGGGACCUUCGUGAUGUAGAGGUGUCUGGGCAGAAGUCCCUCAGAUGCAGCAGGCAAGGAUCAGACGUAGGUGAAAGGGAUUUGAAGUGAAAGUAGGUGGAAGGUCAGGACGGUGCCUGUUUAACUUGUGACAAAUAAGGAAAUUGACCCUGGAAGACAAACAAAACUGAGAUCAACACCUUUCCUGACUCCCUCAACAAUGGAGCUUCAGAAUCCUGACCUUUUGCCUCCCUGACUUUAGAACUCUUGUUAAGGGUUUAUAGUCCAAUGCACAAAAUUUUAAGCCAUCUAGAUUUGUUCAGGUUGUUUUUUGUUUGCUUGGGGUUUUUUUGGUGGAACCAGGGAUUGAACUCAGGCCC